AAGCGGAAGGUCUAUUUAGCUUCUUAUUUUUCGCACAUCAGCAUGUAAAUUUGUAAUUUUUACACUACAGGCCACCUUGACAACACCUAGUUGGCUAGCCAGGGAGGCGGGGACCGAAGAUUAACAGGCACGUGUAGCAAGUCUGGGUUUUCACCGUUAAAUUUGAGCUCAUUUAUCCAAGUUAUUAAAUUUGGGGGUUCAUGUCGAUUAAAAAAGAACUCCAGGGUUACAAUUACAAUUACAAACCCUCAAAACAAGAAGUUUGAGGCUUCUCAUUUUCUUCUGGUCUGUUACGUGCCCAUAGAUUGAUCCGCCUGAGCUGUUUCUCUGCAAAAUAAUGCGACCACAAAUCCUCAUUCUGCAAUCUUGAGUCCAAGAUUUCGUUUUUUUUCCUAUCAUGGAGGAGUAUUUGGUAGAUUUCGCUGGUGGAAGUGAAAGAGGGAACGCCCAUCAACAACCUUCAGACGACUUUAGUGAUAUUGAGGUGUCUUUCAAUUUGCUCGAUCAAGGGGAUAAGCAAAGUUUGGACUAUAUUACGCAUGCACUAAAUGGAGAGGAUUCUAGUGGAAUGGUACAACUUGGAACUUUAUGUCCGCAAGCUACACCAGCAACAAAGAAUUCAAUACCCAACCAAAGUGCAUGGAAGUCUACAGUAGAAAGGAAAAGAGCCAAGGAUAAGGCUUAUCGAGAACGGUUGAAGAAAGGCAAGAUAGAAAUGAAGUCUAACAUGGAGACACUUACUGAAGAAAACAUGCUAUUAAAGAAUGAAAAUGGAGCCUUAAAAGGUGAAAACACACAUAUGAACCAAGUUUUGCAAUCUCAGGCAAAGGAGAUAGAUCAACUUAAAAAUGAUCUCAACCGAUUGAAGCAUGAGUAUAAAAAGCAAAAUGCCCUCGUGCAGACACUCUCAGAUAUUCUAGUGAAUUCUGAUCUCAGAAAAGAAAAUCAGAAGCUGCAAAAUGAAAAUGAUUUGUUGAGGCGAAACAUGGGUAUGGACAGUCAGCGGUUGCAACUCAUGGAAGAGAACUUGAAGUUGAAACAUGAAAUUAAGGUACUGAAAGUGCAGGUUGAUGCUUUAUGCGAGAAGUUAAUCAUUGACAAUUCCAAGAACCAUGAACAAGCACAAGCAGAUAUGAUUUGAGGGUAUCCCAAAAGAUUGUAUAUGUGUGUGUUUGUUAUGGAGGACGUUAGGACUUAGAAAAUUGUGGAUAUUACAAAGCUAAAUCAUCUUUGGGAUAUAUAUGAUUGAAUAUUUUGUUCUCUGAUCAUGUGUUAUCAAACUUACAUUGAACCUCCAAGCAUUGUUAUGAACAUGACAUUUUGGUUUCUUGGAAUUACAAAGGGAGGGGCACAUGUUUUGCGAUUGCUUAUGGCUGUGAAAUUGAGCUCAAUGAGAAAGUUUCCUCCUGCUUUUGGAUAAAAAAUGCUGCAUUCA